UCAAGCUCCCUAUAAACGAUUUGUUUCAUCCAGCUCAAACCGUGGACUGGUUUUCGUCGAUCGUCAGCACGAUUUGUUUGCAGAAGUUCCUUCAAUUUUUUACGUGUAUUUACUGCAUACUUUUGUUUGGUUCAUUGCCGCAACAUCUCACUUGUUGAAUAACCUUGAUCACCAGCUCUUCAGCGACUGCUUGCGUACACAUUUGUUUACCAGCCAAACGUUCCUUUCGGAGCAACAUCGCAAUUGUCUCAUCGCGACGUCUGAUACCAAGGUUUGUCUUGAUACCGAUCCGCCCAGAAGCAGUCCCUGACGAUCAAUCCAGACAAUCAUGGAGUCUUCCAGUGCCGCCCAAGUAGACAGUCGCAACAAAAUCCAGACAAGAGAGUCGCCGCUCAAGUACGUGAUAAAUCCUGACACUAUACGAGUUUCCGAGGCAGACUCUAUAGAGGUCAAAGAGCUCGUUCGUACACGAUUCGACAACCUUUGUAAAGAAGCCGGCUGGACGCCCACAAACGCCAUCAGGAAUGAACUCGAGCUGCUUGCCAAAGUCGAUGCAGAGUGGAGGAAACGUCGCUGCGAAACAGCACUUUUCGCAUUCGUACAGCACCUUGACUUAGUUUGGGAUGAUGGUUAUGUGUUGCUAGGCCGCAAGAAGUUUGAAGAUGGUGUCUUCGCUGUGGGAUAUCGUCCGCUGUAUGAAGAAAAGGCACGCAAGAUCGUGUUUUGCUACGGCCCCGAACAUACAGCAUUCAGGCCAGUGGGAACUGCUGAAAGAGUGGACGAAGACAAAAUCUGGCCACCUUUCACCAGACUCUUCGACUUUGCCAAUCUUAUCAGAGAGGAUCAGAAUACGUACCUAAUCGGUGUGUACGAGAUUCUGUCCAACUUCAAGUCGAUGCGCCGGGCUCUUGAUCCUGAUAAUCCCGGUAUCGCUCUCUCAAGCUCCGAGCCGCCAGAACUUCCCUUCCUGCCCGGUUCCAAGUGGUUGCGAGAGCAGCGGUCUCUCCAUCGGCAUAGCAUCCCAUCGCGACGCUCUGAGACCGAGCUUCGUGAUCGGCUACUAGCCCAGUCACAGGACUCGACGAAUGGGCGCAUAUCCAUCGACGACGAGAAGAGGCACCAGGUGACACCCUCAGCCUGCGCCCUCGAAAGCGAUAUUCGCCACAGCGCACUCAAACAAGGACACAAACGGAAGCGGAGUGAUACGAGUGACAGCGAUGGCUCGACACGCAAGAACAGGAUCUCUAGCCAGAACACUGUGUCUAGAUCGCAACAGUCUUCCGUGGAUCCCCUGGAUGGCACUCAGGAGCGACCCGAGGUCUCAUUGGAGAGCACCUCGGCUCACGAAGCCUCAAGAACCGUUAUGGCUCAUCUGAUGCAACACAUUGAACUCUCGUGUUCUGUCGCCGAAACUGAUAAUACACCCCGGGUGCGUAUCACUGCCACUCUACCCAAAGCUCUUUUCCAAGCGCCAACUCUCAAGCUCUCUGCGAUGGAAUCGAUCAACACUGCACCGGUAGGCCGUAGUCGCGAGCGCGUUAUCCGCGCUUUAGAAAAAAUUGCUAUUGGUAGUCUCAGCAAGCAUUUCGUGGGUCGUCCGACCAUCGCGCCUCACCAUGAGACUUCACUACCGGCCCCAAUUGCAAGGAUGGAACCCAUAUUCCACGAAACGUCCAGUAAGAUCUCAAUGGAUCAAGCGAGACAGCUUCUUCGCAGAGCGAGAAUCAAGCUCGUGUCGUCCGGGAAUGAAGACGAGAGAGGGCUGCAGAUGUUCGAGUUCGAUGUCUCUUACCCAGAAGCCUCGCUCGAAGCCACUGUCGAGCUGACUCUGCUGAAGUUCAGUCCCAUCCUCUCGAUCGAGACUGUGCCUAUCGUCAUCACCAAGACACAAGCUCUGAAGCGCCUUCUGGAGUAUGCGCAGGAGGACGAGGUGGCUCAGCUAUUGCACAUCGUGAUAUAAAUCAAGAAUCGACCUGAAGUCCGGUGUCAACGAGUGAGGAGGCAAGGGCUGGGUCGUGGAAGUCGGACAACGGAUGAUAAGGUGUUCCAGAGGUCGGAGGUGAUUCGAGUAUCAUCUACCCCUGUUGUACUGUACUAUCGCACUUAACAAAGUCACGAAUGCUAGGGCAGCCAAAAGCAUUGAACAAUGGAAGGAACGAAGGUCGUUGUUUCAAA